UCGAUGCUAUCGACAUUAAAUUUGAAACUCAAAUAACAAAUUAAUCACAUCAGUAGAGUACACAAACAGUACGUAAAAGUGACUACAUAUAGAAUUUUUGAUAUUUUAUAACCCUUAAUCGGGAUAGAAUUAAUGGUUGUAGCUUCAUUAGAAAAGAAAUAAAAACAAAAUAAAGAAAUAGCUAUGGCUUGCCAAUGCCCUGAUAACCAAACUUUUUCUUGAUAUAUAUUUUGAUUGGUCAAUUUUUCUGGGAUUCAUGCUGCAGCCCACCUUGAUCUAUGUAUAUAUAUAUAUAUAUAACCUUUGUCAAAAAGAAAAAAAUGGACAUAAACAUAAUAUAUUAAUGAAAAUAAUUUCCUAGAAGAAAGGAAUAAUUUAAUUCAGCAAGAUUAAUAUUGGCUAGCUUUUCAUCGACAACUUGCAUUAAUAAUGUUGUUAGGUGACAACUACCAGCAAGCAGAGCGAAGACUAUUAGACAAUAGCAGGAAGUAAACUUAUACCUAUCCAUCAACGCAACAACGUACGAACAAGAACAGAACAAAACUGAUCGAUCACAUUAAGCCUGCAUUUGGAACUUGAACUGAAUUGAGAUCAGUCUAAUUUUAAUUAGCUGAGUCUAACAUUUAAACACUUAAUUCUUAAAUUACUAAUAAACUAAUAUCAACUUAAAACCUCUUUACAAGUGGGCUCUACAAUCUUUUUGAGCUUAACACCCUUUACACGAGACUUGAUAUUUUUCAAUUUUUUUAUAUAUAUAUUUAAACUCAUCUUAAUAUCCAAAUAUAUCUAAACUUAUCUAACUUACUCUAUCAUUUCAACUCACUAUUAUUUAUAAAAAAUUUAACUUAUCUCAACUCAAUUGAAGAACUACACGGGGCCUAAUUCUACACAACUUGAAUAAUAUCUGCUGGUAGCCAGCUUGCAUCUACCAGCAGCAACCUUUUAAUUUCAAGCUAGCUAGCUAGGUAAGUUGCCCAGAGAUCAGGCAGAUCAAAACGUCCUGCGCGCAACAGUAAACACAUUGCUGAUAAUCAUGUGGUAUGUGUUUUUAUAUUUUGACAUCCUUUCUUUAUAAAGCCAAGACAGAUGUAUUAUUAGACAUAAUCUGUGAACUACAGUACGUACGUACAAUAUUAUAAAAAAUAUUUGGGGAACUAAGAAGAAAAUUAUAUAUACCUAAUCUCAAUGAUCAGCCGAUCGAUCGGUUGUUGGAAACUCAGGUGAAAGUGUAUAGGAGGCGCGCAUGAAUGUUGUGGUAUAUAUUGGCUGGUUUCCUCAGGGGCCCCAUGCCAUUGAUGGAGUGGGAUGGAUCCUUCCCAGAACUCUUCAGUGUUAUUGGAAAAGUGAUCGGCUUGAAUUCCAUGAACAAAAUUUUAUCAGACUUGGAACCUUGGCUUAGGAGAGUGGCGAAUGAAGAGUUGGAAAAUGCUCUAAGUAAUUCCCACUUUUUCACCCGGUUCCAUUCAUUGGAAAACCAAGCAGAAGUGGAGACAUCAAGCUGCUUGCAACUCAUGUUUAGUAAGAAGGUUUUACCUCCUACUUUAUUCACAGCAAGCAAGAUUGCAGACAAGGACAACAAUCCUCUUCAAGUUGUUCUUUUAGAGAGAAGUACCACUAGUGCUGGUACUGAUCAUGAUCUGUCUUUAUACCCAAUCAAAAUAGAAAUUGUUGUUCUAAAUGGUGAAUUCCCUCUUGGGGGUGGUGAAACUUGGAGUAGUGAGGAGUUUAAUGAGAACAUUAUGAAGGAGAGAGAAGGCAAACGCCCUUUGCUUGCCGGAGAGUUGUGUGUUACCAUGAAGGAGCGGCUUGCCCAUGUCGGAGAUCUAGAAUUUACUGACAAUUCGAGCUGGAUCCGGUGCCGGAAAUUUAGGCUUGGUGCAAGGGUUGUUCCAGGAAGUUACAAAGGAACUGUGAGGAUCCUUGAAGCCAUUACUGAACCUUUUGUUGUCAAAGAUCAUCGUGGAGAAUCGUACAAGAAGAAUUAUCCACCAGCACUGGGGGACGAAGUUUGGCGCCUCGAGAAGAUAGGGAAAGAGGGAGCUUUCCACAAGAAGCUGCAAAGUGAGGGAAUUAACACAGUUCAAGAUUUCUUGAAGUUGUCUGCUGUCGACACUCCAAGGCUUAGAGAGAUUUUAGGUCCUGGAAUGUCUGAGAGAAUGUGGGAUGUAACCAUAAGGCACGCUAGGACUUGUGUUUUGGGAAACAAACAGUACAGUUUCCUGGGAAAUAAUAAUUGUGUGUUUAUCCUCAAUCCAAUAUGCCAAGUUGUUGGAGCUCUCAUUGAUGUUGAUGGGCAACUAGUCACUGUAGCGCCUAGUGAUCUUUCUGUUCUGACGAACUAUAAUAUUGAGAGUUUGUUGAGGGCAGCAUAUGAAAAUUGGAAUUCCUUGCAAGAGGUUCCAGGGAAUUAUAUAUUUCAAUGAUACUUGCCAUAAGGCGAAAUGAUCGAUGGGAGGAAGCUGAUGAUCUCAAGAUCGAUCAACGUACAGUCUUUGGUGAAUAUUGAUCAUUUCGGCAAGAUGGAUACCUAUAUAGAUAGAAUAUAUUAAUGUGAGGGAUAUAUAAUGGACUAGGUAGUGAAAAGAUUGAAUGAAUUAAAGGCCCCAAAAAACAUUAAAGGGAACGAAAAGCUCUACCUUUACUUCCCGGGUCCACACAGCUUUGAUCA